GCUACUGAUUCAAAAUCAGCCUCAUCUUUUUCCUGGAGUUAUUUCCGUUCUCUCCCUUCCCACCAGAGUCUUACUCUUGUUUCUUUGAUUGUUUCUCCACAAAACAAUGGCGAUGUUUUUCUUGUUUCUCUCUAUCUUUUUGUUUGUUUAUCUCUGGAGAUUCAUCAUACGAAACCGUCAUAUAUCUCCAUCGCUAUCUACUCCUUCCACCUUAACCACCGCCAAACCACAAGUAAUUAAAUAUGAUGUCUUCCUUAGUUUCAGGGGAGAAGACACCCGUGUUGGUUUUACCAGCCACCUCCAUGCUGCUUUGAAACGGAAACAAAUCCUAACUUUCGUAGAUGAUCAGCAUGUGAGAGGAGAUGAGAUUCCGGAAUCACUUCUGAGAACAAUUGAAGAGGCCAAGCUUUCUGUGAUUGUUUUUUCUGAAAACUAUGCAUCUUCCAAAUGGUGUUUAGAGGAGCUUGCAAAGAUUUUUGAGCGUAGAAAAAAUAAUGGACAGAUAGUUAUUCCGGUAUUCUACCAGGUGGAUCCAUCCCAUGUAAGAAAUCAAACAGGAAGCUUUGGGGAUGCAUUUGCUAGACUUAUAAAGAAGAAAGCUUUGACGAUGGACAAAGUGCAGAGCUUCAGAGACGCUUUGACGGAUACAGCCACUCUAGCUGGAUGGAGCUUAGGGAAGUCUGAGAUGGAGUCUGAAUUUAUUGAGAAAAUCGUUGGAGAUGUUUUGAAAAAAUUUCAUUCCAUGUCUUCAAGUCACACUACGGGUCUAUUUGGAAUUGAUGUUCGUGUUAACAAAGUUGAGUGUUUGUUAAAUAUGGAAUCUCCAGAUGUUCUCAUUGUAGGGAUAUGGGGAAUGGGUGGUAUCGGUAAGACAACGAUUGCUCAAGUUGUGUGCAAUAAGGUUCGUUCUCGAUUUGAAGGAAUCUUUGUUGAAAACUUUAGGCAACAAUCUGAUUUGCAAAGAAGAUUUCUUUUACAGCUGCUUGGCCAAGAAAUUCUGAACAUGGGCUCCUUAAGUUUUCAAGAUUCUUUUGUGAGGGAUAGACUUCGUCGCAAAAAGGUUUUUAUUGUUCUGGAUGAUGUGGAUAAUUUAAUGCGUUUGGAAGAAUGGAAAGAUUUGCUUGAUGGACGAAACAGUUCAUUUGGUCCGGGCAGUAAAGUUCUCGUAACAAGUAGGGACAAGCAAGUGCUUAAUAAUGUAGUUGAUGAGACAUACGAGGUUGAGAGGUUGAACCAUGAAGAAGCUCUUCGACUCUUUAGCUCAAAAGCCUUGAAGAAUUGCAUCCCCACAAUUCAUCAUAGAGACUUGAUAGAACACAUUACAAGUCAUGUACAAGGCAAUCCGUUGGCUCUUAUAGUUAUGGGUUCCUCUCUCUAUGGUAAAAGCAUCGAAGAAUGGUGCAGUGCAUUGAAUAAACUAGCUCAGGACCCUCAAAUAAAAAAUGCGUGGAUAAUUAGUUAUGAAGGGUUGGAUUCAGAACAAAAAUCCAUAUUUCUUGACAUAGCACAUUUCUUGAGAAGAUGGGAGCAAAACCGAGCAACAAAAAUAUUAGAUGGCUUUGAUGAUCGGCCUGUGAUUUUUGAUAUAAGCAAGCUCAUUGAUAAGUGUCUCAUAACUACAACUGAAAACUUGCUAGAAAUGCAUGAUUUACUACAAGAAAUGGCAUUUAACAUUGUUCGUGCAGAAUCUAAUUUUCCUGGCAAACGUAGCAGGUUAUGUCAUCUACCUGAUGUCGUUCAUGUAUUGGAGGAAAAUAAGGGAACUCAAAAAAUUAAAGGCAUAUCUUUGGACAUGUCCAUGUUACCGAGACAGAUACACUUGAAAUCUGAUGCCUUCGCAAUAAUGGAUCGUCUUAGAUUUCUCAAUCUCUAUCUCAGUCAUUCCUCCGAAGAUAAAAUGCACCUUCCUCCUACUGGCCUCGAAUAUCUUUCUAAUAAGCUGGUAUAUUUGCACUGGUAUGGAUUCCCUUCGAAAUCCUUGCCGCCAUUUUUUGGUGCUGAACACCUUGUCGAGCUUGACCUAUGCGAAAGCAAGCUUGUAAAACUUUGGACUGGAGUACAGGAUGUUGGAAAUUUAAGAAAAAUUAAACUAUCUUACUCUCCAUAUUUAACGGAAUUACCAGAUCUAUCAAAGGCUAAAAAUUUAGAAGGCAUAUACCUUGUGGCCUGUUCAAGUUUAACCGAGGUUCCGUCAUCUCUUCAAUAUCUUGACAAGCUAGAAGAACUUGAUCUCGGAUUUUGCUAUAAUCUUAGAAGUUUUCCAAUGCUUGAUUCAAAGGUUCUCAGUGUACUUCUUAUAAGUCGGUGCCUAGAUGUGACUAUGUGUCCAACGAUUUCACAAAAUAUGAAAUGGUUACAGUUGGAGGAAACUUCUAUCAAAGAAGUUCCACAGUCAGUUACUGGCAAAUUGGAACUUCUUUUUCUAGAUGGAUGCUCAGAGAUGACCAAGUUUCCAGAGAUUUCAGAGGAUAUAAGAACGUUAUAUCUAAGUGGAACUGCUAUUAAAGAGGUGCCCUCAUCAAUCCAGUUUCUCACAAAACUCUACGUGCUGGAUAUGAGUGGUUGCUCAAAACUUGAGACCCUCCCAGAAAUCACAGUCCCUAUGAAAUCUUUGCAGCAUCUUUACUUGAGUAAAACAGGCAUUAAAGAGGUACCCUCGUCAUUAAUUAAGCAUAUGAUAUCUUUGAUAACUCUAAAUUUAGAUGGAACGCCUAUUAAAGAGCUACCCUUAUCUAUCAAAGAUAUGGUAUGUUUGGAAGAUCUGACUUUGCAUGGAACGCCUAUUAUAGCGUUACCUGAGCUUCCCCCUUCGCUUAGGAAUCUAUCAACACAUGACUGUGCAUCACUAAAAACCAUGAUAUCAAUCAUCAAUAUCGGCAGAUUAUGGUUUGGAUUGGAUUUUUCAAAUUGCAUCAAAUUGGAUCAGAAACCACUGAUAGCAGCAAUGCUUUUGAAAAUUCAGUCCGGAGAGGAGAUCCCACUUGGCAGAAUUCAAAUGGUUCUACCGGGGAGUGAAAUUCCAGAAUGGUUCGGUGACAAAGGAAUUGGAUCUUCACUCACCAUACAGUUGCCCUCAAAUUGUCAUCAGCUCAAGGGAAUUGCUUUCUGCCUUGUCUUUCUACUCCCUCUUCCCUCCCAUGACAUGCUUUAUGAAUUCGUUGAUCGUUCUUAUGUUCAUGUAUAUUUUGAUUACCAUGUUAAGAGUAAAAACGGUGAGCAUGAUGGUGAUGAUGAAGGCGUCUUCGCUUCCCAGGGAAGCCGUGCUCUAUCACUUAACUUGAAGACAUGUGACUCAGAUCACAUGAUUCUACGCUACGAGCUCGAAUUGGUAAAUCAUUUACGUCAAUAUUCUGGCAAUGAAGUUACAUUUAAAUUCCACCACCAUGAAGUGGACAACAGGGGGGGGAAGGUAGGUCAUGAGAUCCAAAAGCCUUUCAAGUUGAAAAAUUGUGGGGUGUAUCUGCACUUUGAUGAAGAUCUACUGGCGGACACGGAUCUUCCUUAACAAACAAAAGUUCAGGGAGAAAUAGAAGACAUUGAAAGGGAGAGAGAGUUCUGUAAU